AUGUCCUCACCCACUGUCUUUGUCUGCGGUGCCACAGGUGCCCAAGGAGGCGCCGUCUCCCACCACCUCGCAAAAGGCGCCAAAGUCCACACCGUAACCCGCAACGACACCUCCGAGGCGAGCCACAAACUACGAGCCGCUGGUGCCUCUAUAAUUCCGGGCAACUUCGACGACGAACAGUCCCUUCGUCAAAGAAUACAAGGCUGCACAGCUCUAUUCCUCAAUCUGGUGCCUGACUUCCAAGAUGAGAGCCACGAACUCAACCAGGCCCGCAGAAUCAUCGCCAUCGCGAAAGAAUCAGGCGUCCAACACAUCGUAUACUCCAGUGCAUUCGCCAUGAAUGAACCACAUCGCCUUCGACACUGGGACACCAACAAUCUCCUAGGCAAGACCCUCAUGUCAAAACAGGCUAUUAAGAAUGAAGUCUGCAGCGCUGGGUUCCCCUUCUACACUAUUCUCUGCCCGGGGAGCUUCAUGUCGAACUUCCUCCUUCCCCUCGUGAGGAUGUAUCCCGGUCUCGUAGACAAGGGCCAGUUCACCACGGCCUUGACGCCGGAAACGGAGGUUGCAAUGGUUGAUCCGAAUGAUAUUGGCCGAUUUUGCGCGGAGGCUGUGUUGGAUUCCGUUCGGUUUCACAAGGCCAAAAUCCCGCUUGCGUCAGAGCUGUUGACCGUCGAGGAUAUCUUGGGGGCUUUGUCGAGGGCUACGGGGAGACGGAUCACGGCACAUUUCCUGUCGUCCGAAGAGAUUGAGGAGCAGAGUGUGAUGAAUCCUGUUAUUUUGGGGGAGUUUGCUAUGCGUGAUAUUGCGCAAUUUGCUGAUAUUGAGGGCAUGAGGGCUUGGGGGUUUCCUUUGGGUUCCUUUGAGUCGUUCCUAGAGCGUGAGAUGGAAAGAGUCAAGCAGACGUAUGGUUUUUGA